UAAUCGGGGAGACAUGAUGGGGAAGGCCAGAGUGGGUCCUUCCUUGUUACAGGGGACAAGUUGCAUGGGGGCCUGUCUCUUACCCUGCUACUCCCAGGACUGCCUCUGAGGGAGGCUGUUGGAUGGACUCGGUUUUUCCCAUGAAACUUUGAAUACUGCAUAAGAAGAGCACUGCUGAAUCAGUCCCAAGACCCAUGUAGUCCAGCAUCCUGAUUCUUACGGUAGCCAACCAGCCUCUGAGAAGCUGACAAGCAGAACCUGACUGCAACAGAACUCUUCCAGUGAUUCCCAGGAAGUGGGUCCAGUGACAUUUGAGGAGGUGGCCUUACAUUUCACUGAGGAGGAAUGGGUCCUUCUUGAUCCAGGCCAGAGAGCUGUUUACAAGAAGGUCAUGUUGGAGAUUCAUGAGAUGAUAACCUCUCUGGGCUGGGAAAUGGCAGCGGAGCGACAUUCUGGAUCCUUCCCCCUUUACCCUGGAGAGAAAACAGCCACCAUGCAGCCGCCUCUGUGGUCUGUGACUUUCAAGGAGGUGGCCUUGCAUUUCACCGAGGAGGAAUGGGUCUUGCUGGAUCUGGGCCAGAGAGCUCUUUACAAGGAGGUCAUGGUGCAGAUUCAUGAGAUGAUCAUCUCUCUGGGAGAUAUCUGGAUGAUCACAGCUGAGGGGGAACCAUCAGAACUGUUACGGGAAAGAGCUGAGGGGCAGGAAUGGAAAUUGGAGAGUCAAGAUGGAACAAAGAGACAAGAAGGCAGACAAAUGCAGAAGCCAGGGGAUGGAUCCAGUGCUUCUGGGGAUGGUGAAAAUAAUAUUCAAGGGAGUACUUAUCACCUAAAGGAAACAAGAAUGUCUCCAGAGUGCAGUCAAAUCUUAAGUUGCCAAAAAGCCCUGAAAAUACAACAGAUAUUACAUACGAGAGAGAAACCCUAUAGAUGCUUGGAGUGUGGAAAGAGCUUUAGUUACACUCGCUGCCUUACUAGACACCAAAAAACUCAUACAGGGGAGAAACCUUUUAAAUGUUUGGAGUGUGAAAAGAGCUUCAGUCAGCAUUACAACCUUAUUUCACAUCAAAGAACUCAUACAGGGGACAAACCUUAUAAAUGCUUGGCGUGUGGAAAAAGGUUCAGUGAGAGUGGCGCCCUUACUAAACAUCAAAGAACUCAUACAGGUGAAAAACCUUAUAAAUGCUUGGAGUGUGGUAAGAGUUUCAGUGAGAGUGGCACCCUUGCUUCACAUCAAAGAACCCAUACAGGGGAAAAACCAUAUAAAUGCUUGGUGUGUGGAAAGGGCUUCAGUUCGAGCAGCUCUGUUACUUCCCAUCAAAGAACUCAUACAGGGGACAAACCUUAUAAAUGCUUGGAGUGUGGAAAAAGCUUCAGUCAAAAUGGCAGUCUGCAGGCACAUCAGAGGAUACAUACAGGGGGAAAGCCAUAUAAAUGCUUUGAAUGUGGAAAAAGCUUUAAGCAUGGUUCCAGUCUUAAUUUACAUCAAAGGAUCCAUACAGGGGAGAAGACGUAUAAAUGUCUGGAAUGUGGAAAGAGCCUCGGUCAGGGGUGCACCCUUGCUACACAUACAAAACAAACCUCACUGGGGGGAAACCAUAUAGCUGUCCAGAGCAUGGAAGGAUUGUCAUUCAGCGUACCUCUUGUAUUUCUUAUCAAAUAAUGCACAGGAAACAGCUGUAAUCAAUUUGCCAUUCUUUGCUCACAUCAAAGAUUCUUUAAAGGGAAGAAACCAUAAAAUGCUGAGUGAGUGAAAGAAGCUAUAGACACUACCUUAGAUAUUCAUCAAAACCUUUGUACGAGAGAGUCAGAGAAAGACAGACAUAAGUUUCUUAUUUUAAUAGUUAUUUGUUGGUGAGGUUUAUUUUUCAUCGUUUUAUUUUUCCAGCCUUUUCCCUUCAUCUCCGUUCUUUUGAAUCCUAACCAUAGUACAGUACCCGACGUUCAGUUGUUUCCUUUGCAUCCUUGCUUGGAUAGGUAGCUGUCUUUUUCUUUUCUCUUAAUUUGUAGGGUAACUGCCUGUGUAGCUGCAAUACUUUUAACUAGUUUGGACUGGUGGAAGGGGGUAGAUGAAAAUUGAAUAGUAUUAUUAUUAUUUUCAAUCCAUAAUUGUUUGCAAUAGCUGACUUGCAUAUUGUUCUUCUGAGUAGAGUUAUAUUUACAUAUCUAUAUCCUGAUUUGUUUUCCAAGUAAUAAUUAUUUGCAUAUACUGAUCCUUAUUUCUCCUUUCCCCAAGAUUAAAUCCUGUGCUGUG